CACGCCACCCCACUCACCCCACACACCACUCCUCACACACUUUUAACAUUCUCUUUCUCUCUUUAUACUUCGUCUCCUUCAUCAGCUGCCUUUCAAUCGACCAAAAAAAACCUCUUUUAAACCCUAGCAGAUCUCUCAAAAAAUGGGCGAUAAUUGUAAGGCUACUCCGAAAGUCCCAAUCGAAGGCAAAAGAAACAUCCUAAUUACCAGUGCUUUGCCUUAUGUCAACAACGUUCCUCAUCUUGGCAACAUCAUCGGCUGUGUGUUGAGUGCGGAUGUGUUUGCGAGGUACUGUAGGAUAAGAGGAUACAAUGCAAUAUACAUGUGUGGUACAGAUGAGUAUGGGACAGCAACUGAGACUAAAGCUUUGGAGGAAAAUUGUACUCCAAAGCAAAUUUGCGACAAAUACCAUGCAAUUCACAAAGAAGUUUAUAAAUGGUUUGAUAUAAGCUUUGAUGAAUUUGGACGUACAUCAACACCACAACAGACAGAAGUUUGUCAAGCAAUUUUCAAGAAGCUCUGGGAAAAUGAUUGGCUUUCUGAGAAUACAAUGCAGCAGCUUUACUGUGACACCUGCAAAAAGUUCUUAGCGGAUAGACUUGUAGAGGGUAACUGUCCAACACCAGGUUGCAACUACGAUUCUGCACGAGGAGAUCAAUGCGAGAAGUGUGGGAAACUAUUAAAUCCCACAGAACUAAUAGAGCCAAGAUGCAAGGUUUGUCGCAACACCCCGUGUAUCCGAGAUACAGAUCAUUUGUUUCUUGAGCUCCCUUUGCUGAAGGAUAAGUUAGAAGCAUAUAUCAACAACAUGUCAUUGUCCGGGGGAUGGAGUCAGAAUGCUAUCUAUACAACACAUGCAUGGCUUAGAGAAGGACUUAAAUCAAGGUGUAUAACUAGAGAUUUGAAAUGGGGAGUUCCAGUACCACAUGAAAAAUACAAGGAUAAGGUUUUCUAUGUAUGGUUUGAUGCUCCUAUUGGAUAUGUGUCAAUCACCUCUGGCUACACUACUGAGUGGGAGAAGUGGUGGAAGAAUCCAGAUAAUGUGGAGCUGUAUCAGUUUAUGGGCAAGGACAAUGUGCCUUUUCACACUGUAAUAUUCCCAUCUACGCUUCUUGGAACUGGUGAAAGCUGGACGCUUAUGAAAACUAUCAGUGUAACGGAAUAUUUGAACUAUGAAGCAGGCAAAUUCUCAAAGAGCAAGGGUAUAGGAGUUUUUGGUAAUGAUGUUAAAGAUACACAUAUUCCUGUAGAAGUAUGGAGAUAUUACUUGCUGACAAACAGGCCAGAGGUCUCAGACACUUUGUUUACAUGGGCAGACCUACAAGCAAAGUUAAACAGUGAGUUGCUAAGCAACUUAGGCAAUUUCGUCAAUAGAGUCCUGAGUUUCAUCGCAAAAGAUCCAGCCUCAGGUUAUGGUUCGAUUAUUCCCGACGCUGAAGGAGCAGAAUCACAUUCCUUGACAAAGGCAUUAGGCGAAAAAGUUAGAAGUUGUGUCCUGCAAUAUAUAGAAGCCAUGGAGAAGGUUAAAUUAAAGCAAGGUUUGAAGGUUGCUAUGUCUAUUUCUAGUGAAGGAAACGGUUAUCUGCAGGAGAGCCAAUUUUGGAAGCUUUACAAGGAAGAUAGGCCUUCCUGUUCGAUAGUGAUGAGGACUGCUUGUGGUCUAGUAUAUCUUCUCGCAUGUCUUUUAGAGCCAUUUAUGCCAUCUUUUUCACGAGAGGUGCUUAAGCAGCUCAACUUGCCUCCGGAAACACAAUUUUCACUGUCUGAUGAAGGAGGUGACAUUGAAAAUAGCAAAAGACCAUGGGAUAUUCUACCUGCAGGUCACAAAAUUGGAACACCAGCACCAUUGUUCAAGGAGCUGAAAGAUGAAGAGGUUGAAUUCUACAGAAAUAAGUUUGCUGGAAGUCAGGCAGAUAGAGCAGAUAGGGUUCUGAAGGCAGAAACUGAGGCCAAAGAGAUGGCUGAACAAUUGAACAAAACAAAAAUAUCAGAUGGUAAUAAGAAGAAGGAACGUGCAACAAAAUCUUCUGAAACCAAAUCUAAGGCCCCAGCCUCUGUUGAAGGAGAAAUUUCCAUUAGUAGACUUGACAUUCGUGUUGGCCUCAUAACCAAAGCGCAGAAACAUCCUGAUGCUGAUUCAUUGUACGUGGAAGAAAUUGAUGUUGGUGAAGCUCUGCCCAGAACUGUUGUUAGUGGCCUUGUAAAAUAUAUUCCUCUUGAGGAGAUGCAGAAUCGGAAGGUCUGUGUUCUAUGCAACCUAAAACCAGCUAGCAUGAGGGGGAUAAAGUCACAGGCGAUGGUUCUUGCCACUUCUAAUAGUGAUCACACUAAGGUUGAACUGGUCGAGCCACCAAAAGAUGCUGUGAUUGGGGAGCGAGUUACAUUCCUCGGGUUUGAUGGCAAGCCAGAUGAUGUCUUGAACCCGAAGAAGAAAGUUUGGGAAACCGUUCAGGUGGAUUUACAUACCAAUAAGGAGUUGGUUGCCUGUUAUAAAGAUGUGCCAUUCACCACAUCAGUUGGUAUUUGCAAGGUUGCAUCUAUUUCUGAAGGAACAAUAAGGUAGGCUGAUUUUUUUGGUUCAUUUAUUAGAAGAAAAUAAUGCAACACAUUUAAAGUUCUUUUUUUUUUGUUUAGUGCUCUGAUAGUAAUAUAUCAUCUUACUGUUAUCAAUUGUUCACAAUUAUUACUACAAUAGCAAGUUUUGAUUCUACUAAACAAGCUAGUAACACUAUUUUCAUUUCUCAAA